GGGAUCUGAACCUUUUGCUUGGGCUGGACCGGGACGGCAGGGCGAGCGGACGGCUCUUCUGCGGGAACUAAGCGCACAUCCAGCGGUUCAAUUCUUGUUUUCUUUGCCCCGUUCCCCCCUUUGUUUUUUGUGCUUUUUCCCUUCUUGAAAUGCGGAGGUAGACUACGGAGGACCAGUUGCGCACCAAGGAUAAAACUUGUUGGAAAGAGUUUAGGAGAAGAUGAUGGGCUUAGAGGUCAUCGUGCUCUGUCUGCUCUUUGGAGCUUUGACGCACGGCCAGGCUCCAGAGUGUACCAAAAAAAAUGAAUGUCCCAUUGAUGUUUACUUUACGAUUGAUACAUCCGAGACCAUCGCCCUACAGGAGCCACCCCCCGGAUCACUGGUGGAGAGUAUUAAGUCAUUCACAGAGCAGUUUGCACAGCGUUUGGAGGACCAUGAGUUCAAAGGAGUGGUGAGAAUCAAUUGGAACCUCGGAGGACUUCACUUCUCGCAGAGACAGGAAGUGUUCAGUCGCAUGGCCUCCAAGAGCGAGUUCAUUGCUGGGGUCUCAAAGAUCCGCUACCUGGGAAAGGGCACCUACAUCGACUGCGCCAUCGCCAACAUGACCCAGGAGAUGGUGCGCUCACCCACAUACCCUAAAUCUCUGCGCUUCGCUGUAGUCAUCACCGACGGACACGUGACAGGAAACCCAUGUGGAGGCAUCAAAGUGGCAGCAGAGAAAGCUCGUGACGAAGGCAUCCGCAUCUUUGUUGUGGCAGCUUCAAAGAACGUGGACGAGAAUGGGCUGAAGGAGAUCGCCAACUCCCCGGCAGCGGUUUACAGGAGAGAUUUCAUGGCUGUGGAUUUGAGUCAGGGGAGGGCGAUCAUUCACACCGAAACCAUGGACCGCAUUAUCAAAACUAUGAAACAUUUGGCCUAUGUUGAGUGCUACAGUGUGUCAUGUCUGGAGACACGUGGGCCUCCUGGUCCAAAAGGCCACAGAGGACAGAAAGGAGCAAAAGGAGACAACGGAGAACCAGGGCUGAAGGGAGAAAGGGGUCGCCCAGGAGACCCCGGUAUUGAGGGUCCCAUUGGUCAGCCCGGUAUCAAAGGAGAGCCUGGUCUAAAAGGCGAUAAGGGAGAGAUGGGAGCUCAGGGGAAGAAGGGCGCCGGUGGUAUUCCAGGGCGUGACGGAAGAGACGGACAAAAGGGUAAAAUCGGACGCAUUGGUGCACCUGGCUGCAAAGGAGACCCAGGCGACAGAGGUUCUGAUGGUCAUCCCGGAGACGUGGGUGAGCGGGGUCUUCCAGGAACUGAAGGAGAGAAGGGAGAUGCUGGUCGCCCUGGGAGAUCUGGCCCACCUGGAGUUGUUGGAGAUCCUGGACCAAAGGGCGAGAGGGGAAAUCCUGGGUCACCCGGCCCCCCUGGACAAAAAGGAAACCUUGGGACUCCUGGACAACCGGGGCCCCGAGGAGAGCCAGGAAGAAGAGGAGACUAUGGGCCAAAAGGUGCUCAGGGGACAGCAGGAACUCCAGGUGAAAAGGGUGAAAUGGGACCAGAGGGUUUGAGAGGACUCCCUGGUGAAUCUGGAAGCAAAGGAGGGAAGGGAGACUCAGGUUUGCCUGGACCUAGAGGACCACCAGGGCCCGCUGGAGAAGCUGGACGCAAUGGAACCAGAGGCGAUCCUGGUGAUGCUGGACCAAGAGGCGAACCUGGCCUUGCAGGACCAAAAGGAGAUGCUGGAAGACCUGGUUUUAGCUUCCCUGGAUCACGAGGGCCAUCAGGAGAAAAAGGUGAGAAGGGAAACCGAGGACCCCGUGGAAGCAGAGGAGACUGUGGGCAGAAGGGUGGACCAGGCGACAAGGGGAUUCCAGGAGAAGCAGGCGAGCCAGGACCUAGCGGUGAACCUGGUCCAAGAGGUCCACGGGGAGAGAGGGGCCGUGAUGGGGAUCCUGGCCCUGAGGGAGAUCCUGGUCUCACAGAAUGUGACGUGAUGAACUACAUCCGGGAGACAUGUGGCUGCUGUGACUGUGAGAAACGAUGUGGAGCAUUGGACAUUGUGUUUGUGAUUGAUAGCUCAGAGUCAGUGGGACUUACCAAUUUCACUUUGGAGAAAAACUUUGUCAUCAACACCAUAAAUAGACUUGGGUCUCUGGCCACAGAUCCCGACGCUGAGUCAGGCACACGAGUGGGAGUUGUUCAGUACAGUCACAGUGGGACCUUCCAGGCAAUCCGUCUUGACGACCCCAAGAUUGAUUCACUGUCGACUUUUAAGGAAGCAGUUAAGCGAUUGGAGUGGAUCGCUGGAGGAACCUGGACUCCCUCUGCUCUAAAAUAUGCCUAUGACAACCUGAUCCGGGACAGCCGCAGAGCCAAAGCCAAUGUGACUGUGGUGGUCAUCACAGAUGGACGCUUUGACCCAAGGGACAAUGACACGCUGCUCACUUACCUGUGCAGUGACCCACGUGUUGAUGUGAGCGCUAUCGGCAUUGGAGACAUGUUUGAUCAAAUUGAAGAGAAUGAGAUCCUUAACAGUAUCGCUUGUCAGAGGGAUGGCAGGGUCCUGGGCAUGAGGCGUUUUGCUGACCUUGUGGCCGAAGAGUUCAUCGACAAGAUCGAGACAGUCCUCUGCCCUGAUCCCGUUGUGGUGUGUCCUGAACUACCUUGUAAAUCAGAGCCGGCUGUUGCCAGUUGUGUCCAGAGGCCUGUGGAUAUAGUGUUCCUGUUGGAUGGCUCCGAGAGAAUGGGGCUGGAGAACCAUCGCCAGGCUAAAGAGUUCAUCGAGAACGUGGCUCGCCGCCUGACUUUAGCCAAUGGUCCUUCAGAUGAGAAAAACGCCCGUGUGGCUCUGCUGCAGUACGGCAGCCCCACAGAGCAGAGGGUGGAGUUUCCUCUUACACACAACCUCACUGUGAUUGCUGAUUCACUGGCUGCUGUCAAGUACAUGGACUCCUCCUCUGCUCUAGGCAGUGCCAUCAUCCAUGCAGUCAACAACCUGGUCCUCUCACAGCGAGACCGUGUGGCUCGGCGUAAUGCUGAAGUGGCCUUUGUCUUCAUCACUGAUGGCAUCACCUCAAGUGAACAGCUGGAGGAGGGUGUGUCAGCCAUGAGGAGGGCAGAGGGCGUUCCCACGGUGAUCGCCAUGGGCACAGACACAGAUGAGGAAGUGCUGAGGAAGGUGGCGCUAGGAGACAUGACAGCUAUUUUCAGAGGAUCCGACUAUUCCAUGCUGAACAAACCAGCAUUCUUUGAGCGCUUCUUCCGCUGGAUAUGCUAGUGGAUAUGCUAGGACCUGUAAUGCUUAACGCCACAGUAUCCAUAGGACAGGCCCAGCAGCAGUGUUAAUACACAGCUUAGAUUUUACCAGAAGGGAGGCACUGUGUUACUGCUGAAAGGUAAUUUAAAUCCAACUAGUCCCAAGUACAUGAAAAGACACACACAAACUGCAUAGUUGUUUUCUGUUCAUCCCAUGGAUAACCAAAGACUGUCCUAAAGGAGAAUUCUGAUUAUUGAAUGUGUAACUUGAGGCUUUAUUUUGUUUUCAUUUAGUUUCAGUUUCCAAUAAGGUUUUUCACUGUCAUUUAAGUCAGUAUAUUCAUUAAAGGUGCUAAAAAGGAGAAAGCCAUGUGACUGGUUUUGAAACGUUUACUCCAUAAAGUGACUGUUCUUAAUAUAGGUCGUUUAUAUGUUUAUGAUGAAGAUAUGUUUUUCCCAGGGAUACAAGCACAAGCACGCCCUACACCCAAACACAAACAUCUCACAUUUUCACCCAUGCACACUUUUUUCAACAUUUACAAACACAAGGAAAUAUCAAAGGUACAAUCAGAAUGUACAAAUCCAAAUAAAAUCUAAUUUGGUGAACCAAA